GCACCACACUCUUAUCCAUCUUCCUCAUCUGCAUUAAACUUCUUCUAGUACUUCUCCUUUUGUUUUUGAAUGUUUGUGAGUUUCUUUUGAGGAGUUUAAAACCCUGUGUUCAGCCUCUGGGCCAAGAUCAACAGUCCUAACAAGUUAUCGUGCACUGAACAAACAUUCAGUUGCUGCUAUGGAUUCGUUCUCUUCCACCAACGUUGUGCUAAAGAAGCAGGUGACAGGAGAAAGUAGUGUCAUCUCUAGGGAAAAUGUAGCUGUGAAGAGAAUCAGAACUGAGGAAGAACAGGAGAUUGCUAACAGAAAGCCUUCCCUUAUUUGGAAGAGAACUGGAGGAUGGACAGCUGCAAGCAUCUUGCUAGCAAAUCAAUGCCUGGCUACACUAGCUUUCUUUGGAGUUGGUGUGAAUUUGGUUCUAUUCUUAACAAGAGUUCUUGGUCAAAGUAAUGCUGAUGCUGCCAAUAAUGUCAGCAAGUGGACUGGCACAGUUUAUCUGUGCUCACUCGUAGGAGCUUUCCUCAGUGAUUCAUACUGGGGUAGAUACUUGACCUGUGCAAUCUUUCAGCUAAUAUUCGUCUCGGGGUUGGUGCUCGUAUCGGUAUCAUCUUGGUUUUUCUUGAUCAAACCAGAUGGAUGUGGUGAUGGAAAAUUAACCUGUGUGCCGGCAACAUCGAUGGGACAAGUUGUUUUCUACUUGGCUAUAUACUUAGUAGCCUUUGGAUAUGGUGGACAUCAACCUUCCAUAGCGACAUUUGGAGCAGAUCAAUUUGACGAGUCGAAACCGAAAGAAAGAAAUUCCAAGGCAGCUUUCUUUUGCUAUUUCUAUUUUGCACUCAACUUUGGAUCUUUAUUCUCAAACACCCUUUUGGUGUACUUUGAGGAUCAUGGCAGAUGGACACUAGGCUUCCUGCUAUCAUUAGGUUCUGCAGUCAUAGCCUUGGUAUCAUUCUUGUUUGGGGCACCUGGUUACAAGUACGUAAAACCUUGCGGCAACCCUUUGCCUCGAGUUGCUCAGGUGUUUGUGGCUGCAGCUAGGAAAUGGGAUGUUAUCCCGGUGAAAGCUGAUGAACUGUAUGAACUAGAAGGACCAGAAUCUGCUAUCAAAGGGAGCAGGAAGAUUUUUCACAGUGAAGAAUUUGAGUUUUUGGACAAGGCAGCAACAAUGACAGAGGAUGAUUUGAGUCACCAAAAGAAUCCAUGGAGGCUUUGCACAAUAACUCAAGUAGAGGAAGCCAAAUGUGUUCUUAAAAUGUUACCUAUUUGGUUAUGCACUAUAAUUUACUCUGUUGUCUUCACUCAGAUGGCAUCCCUCUUUGUUGAGCAAGGAGAUGUCAUGAAUUCCUAUAUUGGAAAGUUUCACCUCCCAGCUGCUAGCAUGUCUGCCUUCGAUAUCUGCAGUGUCCUUGUUUGCACUGGAAUUUAUCGUCAAAUCCUCGUGCCAUUAGCUGGAAGGUUAAGUGGUAAUCCUAAGGGGUUAACAGAGCUUCAGAGGAUGGGAAUUGGACUCGUCAUUGGAAUGCUAGCAAUGCUUGCAGCGGGUGCUACUGAGAUUGAAAGGCUCAAGAAUGUUAUUGAAGGGCACAAAGUCAGCUCUUUAAGCAUAUUUUGGCAAAUUCCACAAUAUGUUCUUGUUGGUGCAUCUGAGGUUUUCAUGUAUAUAGGUCAAUUGGAGUUCUUUAAUGGCCAAGCACCAGAUGGGAUCAAGAGUUUUGGAAGCUCACUUUGCAUGGCUUCAAUCUCUCUUGGCAACUAUGCCAGUAGCAUGCUAGUUAAUAUGGUGAUGAAGAUUACAACUAAAGGUGACAAGCCUGGAUGGAUCCCAGAUGACUUGAACACAGGACAUAUGGACAGGUUUUACUUCCUGAUUGCAGUGUUAACAGCCUUUGAUUUCGUGAUUUACUUGUUCUGUGCCAAGUGGUACAAGCCUAUCAACAUUGAUGACAGUCAGGGAAUUGAGAUGGAAAAGCAAGAAGAUGAUGUGCUUGCAAAAGUUUAAUUAGCUCCACUUUAAUUUGAACCAAAUUUGGAGGCCAAGAUCUCUUUCCCCGUGUUCUCAAACCAUCAUAUGCUUGUUGGUUAUUCCUAGUUCUCAUUAUCCUUUCUAACAUUUGAAUGAGUACUUUCGGAAGGCUCGUUUCGACAAGAACAAAGCUUGACCUUUGCUUGUUGAAGGAAUGAUUGCUUUUUUCUCCUGGUUGUAAGAUUUGGUUAUAUUUAUUAUAAAUAAGUUUUGCAGAUCUUGAUCAGAUCUUGUCAUGUUUGGUUAUGUUUAUCAAAGUUUGAUUGGAAUGUAAUAUUUCUAUGUUCCUUGUGGGGCAUGCUUGCUCAUCA